UCAUUCUCUCUCUGUUGCGGCUGUGGGUUGGAGCCGCUGUCUCUGGACUGGCACGUUCCUUCGUAUUUUUUUCCUCAUCCUUUGAUUCGACCUCCCCCACCAAAUUGUGCAAUCAGGCAGCCUGUCCGACAAAACAACAGACUGCACCUUCAUUUCGAUACUCACAUUUACGUCAAGAGAAAUACUUGUAAAAAGAUGGCGGUGAGCGGGAUGUCAGGGUCGGUUGUCGCCCGGCUCGAGGGCCGAGAAUUCGAGUAUCUGAUGAAGAAGCGCUCGGUCACCAUCGGUCGGAAUUCGUCACAAGGCUCCGUGGACGUCAGCAUGGGCCACUCGAGCUUCAUUUCACGGAGGCACCUCGAGAUUUUCUCCGCCGGGGAGGACGGAACGGGCAGCGGCGAUUUCUACCUUAGAUGCCUCGGCAAAAACGGGGUGUUCGUGGACGGGGUGUUUCAAAGACGAGGGGCUCCUCCUCUCCAGCUUCCCCGCAUGUGCACUUUCCGAUUUCCUAGCACAAAUAUCAAAAUUACAUUCACUGCCCUGUCCAGCGACAAGAGAGACCGCAGGAACGCCCCAGAGUCUCCUGUGAAGGCGGUCCAACCCCAGAUUUCGCCGCUGACUAUCAACAUUCCAGACAACAUCGCCCACCUAAUGAGUCCACUCCCGUCUCCAACAGGUACACUCAGUGCUGCCAACUCCUGUCCGUCUAGUCCCAGAGGGGCGGGGCUGUCCAGUUACAGGAUGGGUCGCGGUCUCACAGUUGAUCUCAUCAAUGAAAACUCUCAAUCUGAAAAUGACAAGGAAGCUUCAGGAGGCGACAGUCCAAAGGAUGACUCCAAGCCUCCUUACUCAUAUGCACAGCUUAUCGUUCAGGCCAUUACAAUGGCACCGGACAAGCAACUAACACUGAAUGGAAUAUAUACCCACAUUACUAAGAAUUAUCCAUAUUACAGAACAGCAGACAAGGGCUGGCAAAACUCGAUUCGCCAUAAUCUGUCUUUAAAUCGUUAUUUCAUCAAAGUGCCCAGAUCUCAAGAGGAGCCAGGCAAAGGCUCUUUCUGGAGGAUAGACCCAUCAUCUGAGGGCAAACUCAUUGAACAAGCUUUCCGCAAACGCAGGCCACGUGGUGUGCCCUGUUUCAGGACUCCACUUGGCCCCCUUUCAUCAAGGAGUGCCCCUGCAUCACCUAACCACACAGGGGCACUGUCGGCCCACUCUAGUGGUGUACAGACACCAGAUAGCUUAUCACGAGAAGGCUCGCCUGUUCCUAUGGACCCAGAGCCCACCCCUGUCUCUGUUCCUGUUCCAGCCGUCCAACCUAAAUUAGCAGUCAUACAAGAGGCUUGCUUUGCACAAAAUGCACCCGGUUCACCCCUCAACACGCAGCCAGUUCUCAUCACAGUUCAGCGGCAGCUCUCACCGAACAUGAAGCCUGUGACCUAUGCCGUAGCCACACCAGUGUCCACUCCUACAUCUCAGCAUGCCGUCAUGCAGACGGUCCAUGUGGUACAUCAGAUCCCCGCUGUUUCCGUUGCCACCAUGACCGGCCUGUCUACAACCAACACACAUGUCGUAGGGACCCAGUCUGUGGUUACUCCGUCUACGACCAUUAAAGUAGAGCCACAUGAGAAUGGAGAGUACCAAGAGGUGAAAGUGAAAGUGGAGCCGCUGCAUGCUUCUAUAGGUGGAACAAGUCGCAUCCUUCAAACAUCCCAAUCCACCCCCAUACAGACAGUUACCAUAGUACAACAAGCACCAUUAGGCCAGCAUCAGCUUCCUGUCAAGGCCAUCACACAGAAUGGAACCCAUGUAGUUGCUGCUAUCCAAGGAUCAGGAAACACAGCAAGUCCUCUCCACAUGCUAGCAACACAUGCCUCUGCCUCGGCGUCCCUGCCAACCAAACGAGCGAAUGGAGACCAAGCAGGGCAGCCUGACACCAAAAGGAUCAAGACUGAAGAUGGAGCAUUCACAGCAGAGAGGGACAAGCAUACCAACACUGAUUAGGGCAGCCAUUUAUGACGUUUGACCUCAACCAUUUUCUUUUUUUUUCUCCCCACCUGCUAUACCAACACAUCACCUGCUAAUGAACCCAAGGUACCAAAUAGUGUGGAGAGAUGAAACGUCAGUGGAUUUCGGACUGGUAUUAUGAUUAGAAUCGUGGUAAUUGUGUGUGUGUGUGUGUGUGUGUGUGUGUGUGUGUGUGUGUGUGUGUGUGUGUGUGUGUGUGUGUGUGUGUGUGUGUGAGAGAAGUGGUUACUUUGUGGCUGAGACCUGAAAGAAGAGAUACUGUAAUGAAUGCUGGUUGAAGGUCUGAAGGAAUGAGGGACAGUGGGCCUUUUACAUAAAUAGAUAAAGUCUUGCAGAUACAUGCGCACAUAUAUUAAUGAAGCCUACUUGAAUUUAUGAUAUGACAUGUAUUUUAGAUAAUACCUAGGAGAGAAGGUCUCCAUCACUAGUACCUCUGGGCUGAAUGUGGAUGGAGAAGAGAACAUGGUGUAUGGGCAAAUAGACAACCCCUUUGUGUUACCUGAACGGACAACUGGCCAAUGACAUAUAUAAAUAUAUAUGUAGUGCGCACACGCACGUGUAUCAAAUGUGUAGUCACCAUUCCCUUGUUUCUUAGUCAGAGGUCUUGAACAUAUGCAUUAAACUGAAAAAGACAAUUCAUACAAGUCAGAUGUGAACUUGCCAAACAACAUUUAAGACUGAGUCACUCUUAAAAUGUGAAUCUGCAAACCAUUUCAGCUUAAUAUUCACCAAAGGAAAACUUAUAUAUUUUUUCUUUGGCAAAGGGACAUGUGGGGAGUUUUGUUUUUUCCCUGUAUCAUGGCAGCUAGCUACCAUGUUAACCUAUGUAAUGCAGUCUUUAGUAGAUAUGCAGUAUUUUGUCAUACAUGUGUAUCUUAGGAUCUUUGUGUUAUCUGAGGCACAAAUACUCAACAAAGCAGGCAGUGCUGAAUAUAUAUAUAUAUAUAUAUAUGACAUGGACUUGUGGUCAUGGAAAUGAAUGUAGUUUCUUCCUUUUUUCAAAAAAAGAAAAACACUAUUAAUUGAGGGUUUGAGUUACUUGCUUUUACUCUCAUUCUCUUUUUUCAUAUUUUAACCAAUAGCCUAUGAGAUAAGAAAUAUAUUUCCAUUUGAACUUUGUUAAAAUAUAUCAGCUUGCAUGAACGUGCUAAGAAAAAUAUGCUGUACCUGAUUAGUUUCCUGAAAAGGGAACUGCAGAAAAUGAAAGAGGAAAAAAAAAAUAGCAUAAGAAACUUUUUAUACAUUUGGAAUCAUUACUGCACUUACCUUUUUGAUUCUGAAAUUUCCUUUUCCUCCCUAUUGUUUUUCCUUUAUAUUCAAGAUGUCGUUGGCUGUGUUUGUUAUCUUUGUGUUAAAGUUGUCUUUUUGCCUGUUAAUAUUAUUUUAUUCUGUUAAGACAACUGAAAGAGUCUACACAGAUAGUACAUGUUCCACAAGGAAAAAUAAGUGGUAGAUGUUGUUCAGCUUCAGUGGGUAUGUGCAUUUUUUUUUUUUUUUUUUAUACAUUAAAUUAAAACUCCAUAAUUUCUGUUCUGUG